AUGUUCAGCAAAGCUAGUCUUCUUUUCGCCGCUUUGAUUGCGUCUGGUUCUCUAGCUGCUCCUGUUGUUCGACAACAGGUCACUCGUCAGGCAGCAUGCGAUCAGGCUGCUGUUACCAAGCUCAUCGGAGAGGUCUCUGAGACAGCUAACUUUAUCCUCAAUGUCGGCCUUGUUGCGCCCGACCCAGACCGCAACACGCCAGCCAAGGCCGCGACCUUUGACACGCUUGUUGCCGCUGUCGGCGAUGCAACGACGGCUGCAGCAGGCGGCGAUUUCGCCACCGCCAAGACGAAACUGGACUUUGUCCGCGACACCGCGAGUAGUCUUAUCGAUCCUGAAGCCGCGCAAAACGGGCUGGUCAGUGGAGACGACUUUGAUCUCCGUAAUCUGGCGAAAGACGCAUCAGAAGCAGCAGCACUCUGUGUCGCGCCUGGACAAGCGGCGGCAGCGGCCCCAGUCGCGGCCCAACCCCCUAAGGCUAAAGCAAAGACUUCCGCCCCGAAGAAAAUCAAGCUCUCCUUCAGUAACCGCCAGGCAAAUUGUGACUUGGAUGAGUUGAAAGACCUCGUCAGCUCGCUUUCCGAGACUGCCAACUUCAUCCUGAACGUCGGUCUUGUUGCUCCCGACCCAGACCGCGCAACUGCAGCCAAAGCAGCGACCUUCGACACCCUUGUUCUGGCCGUCGACGAUGCGAACACGGCUGUGAUUGCGAAUGACUUUGCGACCGCCAAGACGAAGCUUGACUUCAUCCAAACCACCGCACGGAGCCUCAUUGACCCCGAACAGGCGCAGAAUGGGUUGGUCAGCGGCGACGACUUCAAACUCGUGUCGCUUGCCAGGAAGGCGGGGAAUGCUGCUGCCGCUUGUGCUUGA